UCUCCUCUCAAAGGCGGAGCGGCGCUAUUCAUGGAACCGGCCAAACAGCCAACCGAGGGGUGAGGAAAUAGGCCAGGCAAUGGCGCUUUCCUUCCUCUCCGCCAUCUGCCUAACAGACUCGCCGCCGCCUUGAUUCAAACAAAACCCCGAACCCCCUAAACAGCAACGCCCGAAGGGCGGCAACGGCAGGCAGGCGGGUGGGGGGAGCUCGGAGCUUUCUCUGCUUCAGGCGGAGCUGAGUCCGCGCCUUCUACGUUUUCCCGGGCAGAGUCACGCGCCGGCCCGCCCGCCGGUGCGCGGGCUUGUCUUGUCUUACACAAGUUGGUGUGGCGUGGAUGAGGCAGAGCCGCUUUGGGACAGGGCCGCUCCUUCUGCUCAGCUUACGCAUUUGAAAAGACCCCGCGGUUCCACGUCCACAGCCGAUCCCCGCCUCGCUUGGAGGCGUGUCCCAGGACGGGAAAGGUAGGGCAGUUCGGCGCUACGGGCCCGUCUUGGCAUGAAAAAAGUUCUCCUCCUUCCGGGGAAAUCGCCGUGACAUCCUGGCGCUUAGUCCCGAUGAAGUGUGUCCUCAUUUCCAGUGAGGGUGCUGAAGUCCUUUUCUACUGGGCAGAUCCCGACUUUUUGGCAAUCCUACAGCAGCGAUUUGGAAUCCAGGAUCAGAAUGAUGAUGAAGUACGAUCCGAAGAGAGAAUUAGUACAAAUAUACCUUCUGUGGAAGACAGCAUCAACACAUUGUUUGCCCCCAUGAUAAUCUCCUGUGCAACUAUGCUAGAAAAGUUAGGAGACACAUACACUUGCUUCUCUGCUGAAAAUGGCAAGCAUCUCUAUGUGCUGCAUAUGUUUGGUGAAUGCCUGUACAUUGCCAUGAAUGGAGACGGCCGUGAGAGUGAGGAUGACUUGCGCCGUCAGCUCUAUGUGCUUAGAAGAUUAACUGAGGCUCACUUUGGCCUGGUCACACUGGACAGCCACCUCUUCCAUCGGGAACUUCGCCCAGUAGAAACUGGACAACGAGCUCACAUCUGGGGGCUUUUUCAGAGCUUGCUGCAGACUUAUAACCAGCUGCGUGAGGAAGACCAGAGUUUUGCUGUAGAGGCUGUAGAGCGGCUGAUCCACCCGCAGCUUUGUGAACAGUGUAUUGAAUUCUUGGAGCGCCAAGUUGUACAGUACAUCAAUAGCAACACUGAACGUGCUGGACAUGAAGUAGUGCAUGCUUUUCUGCUCAUACACACUAAACUACUUGCCUUUUACUCCAGCCGGAAUGCCAGCUCUCUGCGACCUGCUGACUUGCUCACUCUGCUCCUGAUUGUGCAGGAUCUAUAUCCCAGCUCUUUUAAGGACCAGCCUGUUCCCGAAGUGCUUGCCCAGCCUAUAGAAGGAGAAAUAAGUCUUCAGAGACCUCAAAGCAGUGAGAGUAUUCCAGUGAACAGUCCCCUUUACCACAGCACUUCUGAAGAGCAGAUAGUGGAUGAUCUCUCUAUGCCUGAAGAGUUCUUCACCCCCAAGGCUUCCCCUAGCCAACAGAGCACGGGAAGUGCCUGGACUGAGGGUGUGGAUUCACAGAGUGAUGGAGAGGUAAAUUCUGCUGAUUUCUUGCUGGCUGAGGAUAUGCUGCACAUUGUAGAAUCCCCAGCCUCAGAAGCUACAAAUCCCCGGAGAAUAUUUUUGGAUGUCAAUUUGAAAGAAGGCUACUGCCCCAUGAUGCCACACACAAUGCAUUGCCUUUCACUCUGGCCAGGCAUCUUGCUGGUACUCCUCACAAAGAACCCCAGUUCCCAAGUGGCCCUUUCUCUCUACCAAUUGCUGGAUGGAAUCCUGAUGAUAGAGAAGAAAUUGAAAGAGGGACAGGAGACCCGGCAACCUCUGCGUUCUCAGCCAUUAUUUUUGGAGCUCCGACAUAGAAUGGACAAAUUUGUCAAGAAGCUGGGUGGACAAGAAUCGCAGUUGCAGAAUACUUGGCAGGAGUUAAAGAACAAAAUUUCCUCUCGAAGUGAGCCUGGGACUUCCUUGGAGCUUUUGCAGGCAUUUUGCAACGUCCGGCGGCAGCUCUGUGCUGUAUACCGGCUUCUCUUCCUUGGAUCUCCAGGGGCCCAAGGCCUGCCUCAGAACUUGCUGGAGCGGGUGCAGCAAUUCACACAGGACAAGCUCCAAGACUGGAAAGACUUCUUACUGGUGAAGAGCAAGCGUAAUGUCACCAUGGUGUCAUAUUUGGAAAAUUUCCCAGGGCUUGUGCAUUUCAUCUAUGUGGAUCGUACAGUAGGACAAAUGGUGGCUCCAUCACUUGGCAUAUCAGAGGAAUCUUCUUCAGAAUUAGGCAAAGGACCUCUGCUUGAAUUUAUAAAGAAGAAGGUAUGGUCACUGGUGGCUUUGUCUCGAAGCUACUUGCAGAAGGGCUACACUACACUGAUGGUCCGGGAUGGAGACUAUUAUUGUACCUACUUCCUCUGGUUUGAGAAUGAGCUGGGAUAUAAGCUGGAGGUUAUGGAAGUGCCAGUACUUUCUGAUGAUUCAGUUCCCAUUGGGACACUAGCAGGUGAUUAUUACAGGAAACUGCUCCGUUAUUUUGGCAGGAAGCAUGCCAAUGAAGUGGUGAAGUGCUAUGAGCUGCUGACCAUCCAUCUGGGCAUCAUGCCAAAUGAACUUAUGAUCCAGCAGGCACGCAGUUUGGCCCAGCAACUGUGGGAGCCAACACGCAUCCCUUUGCUUUGAGAGCUUGACUGGUGCUCAGUGCAAUUUGGCUGUUUUCUUCUUUCUGGACUAUGUUGCAUCUCAGGUCUCUGCUGAUUUUAAUUCAGUGGGACAGGUCUAACUUGGGCAGUGUUUUAACUUGACCUCCAUUGGAUUUUCAGAGCUAGGAGAUCAAAGUGUUCAUUUGUUUUCCUUUACAACAUCGAAGAGCUCUGUCUUGGAUACCAAAAGCGAUUCAUGUCAGAGCACAGCUACUGACAUAGCAUUGGCCCUUGGUGUGAACUUGUGUUGGAGAACUUGCAGUACAGAACUUCCUUUCUUGUAACUGCACAUCAGAAUUUUGACUCAGAAGCCCAUUGGGCGCAGCUUGUAAACUUAUAUGUUUAGUAUAGUGCCUUAUUUUGUUAGGCACUUCAUUAUCAUUAAAUAUUUAUCCUAAACUUGAGAAAUGUAAUAUACAAUAACUUAGAGCAGAAAAGAUAACAUUUUAGGCCUCUUAUAAAAUACAGAAGUAAAUCAAGAGAGUGCCAUCCACCACCCUGGCUAGAUCCUAGCUAUCAGUCUCUUAUCACUCCAAUUCAGUUUUUUAAAUCUUCUUUGUACGUGUCUACAUAUCCAAUGAGAGUUCUAAAUUGCAACCAUUCUGGUUUUUUAAGCAUUUUUAAAGAAUAUCUAUGGGACCCAGACAGCCCUCGAUUAAUGCUUAAGCAAAUUAAGUACAUGCUCAGGGUCCCAAUGGAAGGGGUGGGUGGGAUGCCACAGAGUUUUUUCACCCAGUUAUUAUCAUGCCCUUAAUUCUUUCACUGCCACAUUCAAUUCAGUCUUUUUUUUUUUUUUGCGCAAUUAUUUACCUACCAUGUUCAACUUUAACUGUAUUAUUAAAAAUAUUUCCUUUUGCAUGG